AUGGCCUCCCGCCUUCUGCACCGCCUGCGGCACGCGCUGGCCGGGAGCGGCGAGGCGGAGGGGCCGGCCGGGGGCUGCGCCGGGGCCGAGGACUGUCCGGAGAGCUCGGAGCUGGACGACGACACGGAGGGCCUGGCCACGCGCCUCAGCGGCACCCUCAGCUUCAGCAGCAAUGAGGACGAGGAGGAGGAGGAGGAGGAGGAGGAGGAAGGAGGGGGCUGCCAGCCGGGAGCCCUCUUGGAUCUGCACCUGCCCGGAGAUGCGGCCGAGAUGGGAGAGUCCGACUCCCCCCUGGCCGAGCAAAGGGGCAGCCACCUGCUCACCCGCCAGUUGCAGGAGUUCUGGCGGAAAUCGCGGGGAAGCUUUGUGCCCCAACGCCUCCUGUUCGAGGUCACCAGUGCCAGCGUGCUCUACACCAUCUACCUGAUCCGGGCAGGGCAGUUUGACCAGACGCCUGCCACCGUCGCCCGCUGCUACUCUGACUUUGAGCGGCUGAACCGACGCCUGCGCCGCCACUUCAGCGCAGACAUGGCGGGGGUCUCCUUCCCCCGGAAGCAGCUGUGGCGCAACUUCACCCCUGCGACCAUCGCCAAGCGCAGCCGGGCCUUCGAACAGUUUCUCUCCCGCCUGCACGCCUCGCCCGAGAUCCGCCGCUCGGCCGCCUUCCUGGAAUUCUUCUUCCUGGACAGCCUGCGGGGGGCGCAGGACUUGACUGCUAGGGGCCUCUACCGCCAGGCCUUGGCUGCCUGGACAGCCUCGCAGCGGCUGCAGGAGAAGCUGGGCGCCUGCCGCUCGGGGCAUUUCCUGCUGACGCUGGCCGGCCUGACCGUCUGCCAUCAAGAGCUGGAGCAGUGGGGGGAGGCCCACGAGGCCUGCCAGCAGGCCCUGCAGCAGCUGGAGGGCCAGGACAGCCACCCCCUCCUGGCUGCCCUCCUGCAGACCCACGUCCACCUGGCCUGGGUGCUGGGCAAGGACACGCAGCAGGCGGAGACCCGUCUGCAUGGCCUGCAGGAAUCAGGGGAGGGCCGAGAUCCAACCUCCCCUUUGAAGCAGCUGCUGCUCAAACAGAGGCUGCCCUGAGGGCCUGCCAGCAAGUAGGGGCACCAGGUGAGAAGUAGGGGAGAGUCAGGGCCAUCCUACCCUUGUGAGCUCUGCGCCUCUUCUGGCCCAGCAGCCGGACGAAGCUGGCCGGCCCGUUCGGAAGAGGCUUCUGGGACGCAGACCCACAAUCCCCCAAGUCCAUCCAAGAAAGUGAGGCGAUGCAGACGGCCGUGUUGGGGUGACAAAAGCAUCUGCAGGGGGGGCUGGCAGAGGGGCGGCAGGGGCCCCUCCUGAGAGGCUCCCCACAGGCUCUUCUCGCCAGAUGGGGGAGGCUGUUAGGCACUGCCAAAGGUGGGACUGAGCAGUGGGCAGAUCUCCCCUCCGGCACUGAUUCGGGGGGGGAGCCAUUGGAACGUCUUCCUCCCCUUCAGAAACCAGAGCUGCGUGGGACACUUUACUCCCUUUAUUAACCGCUGGGGAACGGAAGUCAGUCUCUAAUAAAUUAAUAUGCGCCCAA